AGUAAAAGAGUAUCCAUCAUUCAAAGGAAAUCCUCUGCUCUCUCAAAAAGUGGCGAUAUCUCAAGUCUAACAACAAUGUCAGGGACUCAUGAUUCAUGUCCUUUGGUGAAGAACAUUCUUCUUCUGGACUCUGAAGGGAAGCGUGUGGCUGUCAAGUACUACUCUGAUGACUGGGCGACUAAUGCUGCCAAGUUGAGUUUUGAGAAGUACGUGUUCUCCAAGACCUCUAAGACCAAUGCUCGCACUGAAGCUGAGAUCACACUCUUGGACAGUAAUAUUAUAGUCUAUAAGUUCGCCCAGGACCUUCACUUCUUUGUCACUGGAGGCGAUGAUGAAAACGAGCUCGUCUUAUCCUCUGUUCUUCAAGGAUUUUUCGAUGCUGUUGCACUUCUUCUAAGGAACAAUGUGGAAAAGAUGGAAGCCCUUGAGAACUUGGAUCUCAUCUUUCUCUGCCUCGAUGAAAUGGUCGAUCAGGGGGUGGUUCUUGAAACGGACCCGAACGUCAUUGCCGGGAAAGUAGCAAUGCAGAGCACAGAAGCUAGUGGUUCACUCUCUGAACAGACACUAACUCAAGCAUUGGCAACAGCUCGGGAACAUUUGGCAAGAAGUCUGCUUACAUGAGUUUGCUCAUGUGCAUAAUACUGUUAUGGGAUUCGUCUCGUAACGUGUGAAAAUCUUCUAAUAAUUCAAACACUUUGCCUACGGCGUUUUGUCGUUUUCUGCCUACUUUUUUUUUUUUUUUCUGCCUACUUAAUCUGAAGUUUGGAGUAUUAUAUAGCUGUUUGUUCAAUGCUGGAAAUUUUUUGAAGACUGGUUAUUGCAGAACCAAGAAUUUUAGAAAUCUCGAUUCGUAUAAAUCUCUUUUAUUGAA